CACGUGUUCUCGGACAAGCCCUGGGGGACCAGUCAGUUCAACGGCCUGCUCCAGUCCUCUGACGUCAUCACCAGCCACCUGUCCUGUGUGCGGGAACUGACAGGCGCCGAGCUGCCAGACGUCUACCACAAACCUCUGGGUGGCAGCGUCCUGGUGGAUCUACGUCACGUGACCGGGUGUGAGGCCCGGGACUUUGAUGACCCGCCCUACCCCAUCGCCAACAACACCGUGGCUCUGGCCAGGUCGCUGAUUACGAAAAUCUUUGGGACAUUUUGGGAACGCAUUUUCAACUCCAUCUUGGGCAACAUCAAAGAAGCCGCUCCCUUGUCGUCAUGCCUUCAGUUCGCCGGCCGGCAAAUAUCUGGUCGCUGUACAAAUCACGUGUUCUCGGACAAGCCCUGGGGGACCAGUCAGUUCAACGGCCUGCUCCAGUCCUCUGACGUCAUCACCAGCCACCUGUCCUGUGUGCGGGAACUGACAGGCGCCGAGCUGCCAGACGUCUACCACAAACCUCUGGGUGGCAGCGUCCUGGUGGAUCUACGUCACGUGACCGGGUGUGAGGCCCGGGACUUUGAUGACCCGCCCUACCCCAUCGCCAACAACACCGUGGCUCUGGCCAGGGGUAACUGCUCGGUCCUGGAGAAGGCUCAGAUUGUCCAUGAACGACUCGGAGCCGCCCUGCUGGUCGUGGACUACAUGGGCCACCCCUGGACCAACACGACCUACGGCCACGACCUCGCCAACUUCUCGCUCUUCCACAACACCUCCAUACCUGUCGCGCUCAUCCAGGGCCGCCAGUUCGCAGAGGUCAGGGAACUCACAGACCCUGUGACCGUGAACCUUCUCAGCCGGGGCGGACCCAGAUUUGGGCUGAGUCUCACUCUCCUCCUCUUCCUGAACCUUUUCGUUAUUCUCAUCGCUGGGUUAUGGUCAGGGGUCAAGGACUCCAACAAGGUCACGCUGGGACUGAAACCUGUGGUGGCUAUCCACAAAUGUUUAUCUGACCGACCGGAGGAGAGGUUUAUUCACAGAUUGGACCGGCUGGCGUUGGGCAAGGUUGGGGUGGUUGCUGUGAUG